UUUGCAAAGCUCGCUAUAACAAUUGUCUCUUCUUCCAGAUGUCGAGGAUGUAAGGAGGGUGGCUUUCACCACUGCUUUGCCAUAGGAUGUGUACAUGGCUCUCCAGGUCAGAGUGGCACCCAGCAAGGUUGUUUGGCAGAACCUUCUCAUAUGUGUCAUCCUUUUCUACACUGGUGUACUAUGUGGUUCUGGGCAUGUGCUGUUUGAUGCUCAGGGUGUAUGAGUUGGAUGUCCUGGCACCAUUUGAUUUCAAAACAAAUCCUUCAUGGCUCAACACAAAUUAUAAAGUUCUUUUAGUCUCAACAGAGGUCACCUACUUUGUUUGUGGAUUACUUUUUGUUCUGGUAGUGGAAGAGUGGGUUUGGGAUUAUGGUAUUUCAGUAACUAUCCUUCAUGUUGCCAUCACUUCAACUGGUAAGCAAACUAAAAUAAAGGAUACAAAAUGUAUUCAAUCUGGAUAUUGUACCUAAAUCGAUACAUAAGAGUAAAACUUUGUUGUAUGCACAGUGUCCUCUGAUGGAGAAAUAAUAAAAACUGAUGAUGAAAGUUCAUCACCUCCCUCACUCCUUCUCCCCCAUCAAGUUCCUCUACCAUUUACUCAGAGAGGUUUUGAUUAGAUACAUUGUCCAGUUCAACAAUGUAUUGAAA